AUGAGAUUGAAGAAGAGUUCUUGUUUUGUAUGUCAGUUUUUUCUCUUUUUAUACAUUUUUUAUAAAAAAAUCAACUCGUCAAAUAAGGGAUAUAUUACUAUACGCUAUGAAGACUAUGGUGAGCUAACAUGGAAUGAAUUCGCACAAGGGACAGGAUUCGAUUGUGAAAUAUCAGGCUCAUAGUAAAUAUUUAUUUAAAUAAUUUCUGUGCGAGGAGAACAAGGUUGGACUGCUGUUAGAGUGAGUACGAGGUUCCAGGCUCCUCCCCCAAGCUACCAGUUCAAGGCUCCACCCACACUCUGCCAUUUCCAGACUCCUCCCCCACCCCGGCAGUUCCAAGCUCCUCCCACACCCUACCAGUUGGAUGGUGUUCAAGACAGCAGACGUUGUGAAGGCUGAGGGAGGCGUGGGAUUUGGGCAGAAAGGCUUGAUGAUGGAGCUGCAGAGUCUACAGGAGGCUCUUAAAGUGGAGAUACAGAUCCAUCAGAAGCUGGUUGCUCAGAUGAAACAAGAUCCACAGAAUGCUGAGUUGAAAAUGCAGCUGCAUGACCUUCAGGCCAAGAUCACAGCACUGAGCGAGCGACAGAAAAAGGUGGUGGAACAGUUGAGGAGAGAUUUGCUGGUGAAGCAAGAGUCAUCAGAGAUCAGGCUCCAGACGCAGACACAGCUCCCUCUACAGGCAGAUGGGAAGACUACCACCCUGGUCUCCAGUCAGAGUCAGACUUCCCUUCCCCCAACCCACCUCAGCACUCCACAGAACUCAGUGAGUGUGACUCCAGUCAUUUCCACUAAGACACUACCUCUGAUGCUGAGAGCUGCCACGCCCACAACACCCAUUGCCAUGAUGCCGACUCCUACCAUUGCUAUGGUUACUACCCUCACAAACACGCCCCUCCCCAGCCUUCCAAACUCAGACCCUCAGAAUUUGCCGGUCAGCCUCCAGACAUCCUGCAAGCCAGCCAAUCAGGGAAUGGAGCCUGUGCGGAUAGUUCCCAAAAACACUAUUGUUGUUCAGACCGCCACUCAGCCAAUCAAAGUUCCUCAAUUUGUCCCGCCCACCAGACAGACAGCUCGACCAGCCUCUCUACCGCAGGUGAUGCCUAAACCCCCUGCCCCUGUAACUCCAGCUGUCCUCCAGCCUGUCCUCACCUCACCUCAGCCCUUACAGCAGCCCGUAUAUCUCACCGCCAAGCUGAGCUCCACCCUGCUGCCCUCCUCCGGACCGGUGCACCAGCUCCACAUCUUCAGCCCCCAGCCCGGCCCCGCUGGAACCCAAGCUUGCCCUCCCAACCCUCAGGCCUGCCUCAGCAACACUCAGCCUGGUGCUGUCGUUAUCCAACCAAACGCUGGUGUCACACAGCCUGGCCCGGUGAUCACGCAGACCGCCAUGACACUCAGCACCAACAUCAGUCAGUUCAGCGUGAGCAGUGUGCAGCACAGUAGCUCCCAGCUACCCAGCAUCCACAUCUCAGCCCAGACCAGUAAGCCCCAGCCCAGCCCAGCCUCUACCAGCACAGAGACACCUCACUCAGCUCAGAGCAGCGACCCCUGUCCUGACACCUCGACGCUUUCAGCAGUGGGCAGGGUGGAGCCAAAGACAGCAGCCAGCAGCCUGGCUGCACUACAGACACCUGCCUCUACCUCCACUGUCCCGGCCACCCCCACCGAAGCAAACACACACGGCCCUGCACAAAGCCCAGAACCCAAACGCCAGGACAACCCUUUGAAACUGGCCUUCAUGGUGUCUCUGGGACUUGUAACACAUGACUAUCUAGAAGAGAUUCAGAGUAAACGUCAGGAGAGGAAGAGACGGACGACAGCUAAUCCAGUGUACAGUGGAGCAGUGUUUGAACCAGAGCGUAAGAAAAGCACAGUGUCAUACUUAAAUUCUGCAAACCAGGGCUGCAGAAAAAGAGGUCGCCCACCCAAACACAGCAGCGCAGUGGAGAGGGGCACCAGCCCCAUGAACCCCACUAGCUGCCACGCAGCGGCUGGGGUCCCACAGCAGCCCAGCGCGGGCAGCCCUCACCCCCCCGCCCUCCCACUAACCCCAUCAUCACAUCCACUCCCAUUCAGCCCUCGGGGCAGCCCAAGCUCAGUGGGGGAUGGAGACAUCCAUGAUGAUUUCUGUAUGGUGUGUAGGCGCAGUGGGCAGUUACUCAUGUGUGACACCUGCUCACGCGUCUAUCACCUGGACUGCCUGGCACCCGCCCUCCGCACUGUCCCCAGGGGCAUGUGGAUCUGCCCCUCAUGCCAAGACCAGAUUUCAAAGAAAGAAGAGGCAAUAGACUGGCCAGGGCCUCUUGCAAUAGUCCAUUCCUACAUUUCUUACAAAGCAGAGAGGGAACAGGAAAAGCAGAAGCUGGAAAAGUGGAGCUCGGAACUCCGGCAGGAGAGAGAGGAACUCGAGCUCCGUGUCAAACAGCUCAGUGACUCCAUAACGAUAUGCAGGGAGAGCAGAAAUGGUGUUCUGUCCCGUCAGAAGGAAAUGGAAGCAUCGAUAGAGAAGGUGAAGGGUCUGGUACGCCUGAUCAGGGGCAUACAGCUGCCCUGCCUCCCCCUGGCAGAGUUACCCCCAGCAAUCAUGGCCAACGGAGACUUGGACCGUGCUGCUACCCAGCAGCCUGGUGCCAGCUCUGAGGUAAACCAACAUCCAAACGUGAAGUGCAGCCUAAAGGACAGCACAAGCGUCAGCCGUCUCCUCAUCGUCAGCGGCACGUCAGGGAACCUCGGCGAGAGUGUGAACCUGAGCGGCUGCCUGAAGGACACGGGCGCUGCGCACACACACAGCAGUGCGUCAAGCCCAGAGCCUGCAGUGGAUGCCACAGACGGGAAGAGCACCUCUGGGAGCCACCAAGGCUCUGUUACUAACAACUGUGCGCCACUUAGCAAUAGUCACAUCAAGAGCACCGUAGUCACCAGCUCAAAUGGAGCUCUGGAGACAGAAGAAGUUGGACAUGAGGAAAGCAUAAACAAAAACAAUACCAAUGACAUAAAUAAAAACAACGCAGACAUAAAUAAAAACAUCAUCAGGGAUCUCCAAGGAAGCCCAGAGCCCCCGUUACCUGCAGUGAUGUCCCUAGCAGAGGUCAUACAGGGUGUAGAGUAGUACUGGCAUCCCUCUGUAGACCUGCACAAGUCUUGUCCACCCCGUCCCUCGACCCUCGAACCACCCAGCGCCCAUGCCUGGCAUCCAGUUGCCACUCAAUCUUUCAGUUCCUUUACUGUAUGUCUGUCAGAAUCCGCAGUGCCGUUUCAGAUGAGCAGGAUUAUACGUUCCGAAGUACCAGCGCCUAAAAUGUUUAACACAAAGAAUAAUAAUAUAGAAAAACGAAGAGAGUAAGAGAGUUAUUAGAGUUUAAGAUAUCACACCACCGUGUGCCUGCUGUUGUUCCCUUGGCGCCUCUAGGUCAGAAAGCUUAGGGAUUGAUUGAGCAAAGGCCUUUACCAGCUCUUAGAACACAAGCACUGGGAAAUGAGUGUUAGGGGCUCUGUCAUGUCCUUUUGCUGUGGAAAAGAGAGCCUUGAUUUUGUCUGAAAGACAGAAUAAGUGUGAUACAGGUGUAAGGCUUUUGUUUUCUCUGGGCAGAUAAGAACAGCUUAGAGAGGAAAAUAAAUCAUCAUAAUUUAUAAGCAGGUCUUCCAGGUGUCCCAAAAGAUUCACACCUCUUAGAUGUAUUUGUCCUAUUUAUGGUGUCAUAGAGUGUGCAGCAGUUGUGUAAAUUUAUUUUAAAUUGCUGUCUUUUUAAGUAAAUGACUUAGUUCUGUUUUGCCAAAUGCUUUUUGCCACAGGGACAUGGAUUCUUUUCUUUAUGGUGAUUAAAUAGAUAUUUCAAUAAUAGAGUUGUAUUUGUGUAGCAUCAGUAUUGAGGACCCUUAACGUAAAUCCUGACACAGCCUUAACUAGUGAUCAAAAUGAAAUGUAUUUGAGUGUUUAGACAACGUUCAUGAGUGUGGUGUUGGAUAUCAAACAUGGUGUUUAUGAAAGAUAAUGACAAAUAUAAAAUUCCCACGAUAUAACUCAAGGAACACUUCUUUUUGAAUUAGGCUACAAUAUGUCAAUUAGUUAAUUAGUAUAUGUAGAGCUUUCAUGAUACUCAACAAAUGACUCCAAGGAAACUAAACCAAAAGACAUAAGAAUAAUGAUAAGCUGCCCUUUGUACUAUUAGUUUAUGCACAUUUGAAAAGUUUAUGACAUUUCAAAAAAGUCAUUUGUGAAUGCUUAUGUAGCAUUUUAAGGGCUUUCUAUUUUGUAUUGUUAUAUUAGCUGAAGUGUUAGCCUUCCCUAUGGCAGCACUGUUAAGAAGACUUGGAGCAGAAGCACAGGACUGUAAGCUUUACUAAAGAGUCCCACAGCACUUGUGUAGGAGGAGAGAGACAGACUACACCAACCCCCUGAACUCUUGCAUCAUUGUAUCGUAUCUAAGAUGUGAUCAAAGCUGUGCUGCAUUUGUACUAUAUCUACCAGAGGUGUUCUGGAGUCUGUGUGUCUAGAAGGCUCCACAGCAGACAGUCAUAAAUACAAAGCUGGGUGUUAAAACACAAAUGAGCAAAGUCUAUUGCAGCCUUUCAGGUUGGAAUAUAAAACUCUGUGUUGACAAGGAAGCACAACAGAUCAUGCAGAGAUGCAAGCGUCAAAUAUAAUUGUGAUGCAGGUCUGUACAUAAAAUAGAAAUAGUACUGGUCCUGUCGUAGUUUCAGCUAUAUGUGUGAGUAAGAGAGUGUGUGUGUGUGUGUGUGUGUGUGUGUGUGUACGCAUGCGCAUGUAGCACAGGCAGUCAACAGGUCUGGCCUGUCUUUCUCUGAAGCGGUUGCCUUAAGAUGCUCUGGUUCCUUGGAUGUGUGUGAUCUCUCUGCACUGAAGGGCAUCUGUGUCAGUGUGAUUUGGCAACAUAGUGUGUGUUUGUAUGUGCACACAACAUUUCACUGCAGGAAACAUGACAUAUUUUCGUUGCACAAUCAUUAGAUGUUUAAGAGGAAUGUUUUGUAAGUUACAUUGUUUAAGAGGUAAGUUACACUCAUGGUUUAGUGGCCAGUGCCUAAUCCAUCUAGUGAAUUUGAGUUUUGUUUACAAAAGCCUAUCAUUUGAAUUACAUUUGGUUUACUACUAUAUUGCUGCACUUUGUGUUUGAACUAUGUUUUUUAUGCUUUUGUCUCCAUCUCAUGGUUCAGAAGGAUUGGUUUAAAAUGGUCAGUUUCUUAAAGCAACCCAGCUGACUCUCCAGCUACACAGUGGUGUAGCAGCAUUGAGUCAGUUAAUCAUUCAAAAGCCCUGCAGGACACAGCAGAAUUCACACGUGUUUCCUGGUUAAGAUGUUUUACACACACGUGUUUCCUAGUUAUGAUGUUUUACACACAAGUACACAACUUUUGAGGACCCUUUUUUGCUGAACAACAUCUAAUGGACAAAAACUGGUGGGCAGCUUUAAGCCCUUUAAAGAAAAAAGACUAUUAAAAAUAUGUAAAUUCAUGCUAAGUCUCACUACAGCUGUGACAUAUUUCCUAUCUCAGUUAUGAACAUUCAUGUGCAUUGUUCAGAAUUUUACAGAGAAGUAUUGUUAAUAAUGUCUCUACUAUGAUGAUGCUGAAGUUCUGAUAUUAUAGAAGUGUG